AGAAGAACAACGGGCGAGAUCCAAUAACCAACCCAAGAAUUCAUUCGACGGCCCAGAUAAGAUUUUCAGCAGUUCAACCCCACAAACAACAGGUUCUACGUCUACCUUCCAAGCCACUCUCCCCGAAGAACAAUUUGAUACUCUGAGACGAGGGAAAAGUCGAGACCGAAAUCCAGAAUCCGCGGUGCCCCUCCCUUUUGGAACUAAUCGGAGCAUCGAUUCGUUCUUGGGUUUCGACGAUCAGCCAUGUACAGAACCGCAGCUUCUCGCCUCAGGUCUCUUAAGGGGCGUACAAGCAGCAGGUUCCCCGUAAGCACUAGGUCACCUGCAAGAUUCGCAAGCUCGGGUGCUGCCGUAUUGCAGUCAUCCACUUCAGGUGGGAUCUUAAGUUGGUUUACUGGUGGAAAUUCCAAGUCUUCAGUGCCUCUUGACUUCCAGUUUCCAGGAGUCGAGCUCCCACAAUCACUGCCCGAUUUUGUUGAACCGGGGAAAACCAAGAUUACUACGCUCCCUAAUGGCGUCAAAAUUGCAUCUGAAUCAUCUUCGAACCCUGCUGCAUCAAUAGGCCUUUACAUUGACUGUGGCUCAAUCUAUGAGUCACCAGCCACAUUUGGAACCACUCAUCUGUUAGAGAAAAUGGCCUUCAAAAGUACUAGAAAUCGCAGCCACUUGCGAGUUGUGCGAGAAGUGGAAGCAGUUGGAGGUGUUGUACAAGCCUCAGCAUCUCGGGAGCAAAUGGGUUACACUUUUGAUGCUCUAAAGACUUACGUACCUGAGAUGGUGGAGUUGCUAGUUGAUAUUGUAAGGAACCCAGUCUUCCUAGAUUGGGAGGUCAACGAACAGCUUCUGAAGGUCAAAUCUGAGAUUAGUGAAGCUUCUAACAAUCCGCAUGGCUUACUUUUGGAGGCCAUUCACUCUGCUGGUUUUUCUGGCGCACUGGCUAAUCCUCUUUUAGCUCCUGAAUCAGCUAUUAAUAGGUUAAAUGGUUCUCUGUUGGAGGAAUUUGUGGCUGAAAAUUACACUGCCCCUCGGAUGGUGCUUGCAGCUUCCGGUGUUGAGCACGAGGAACUAGUAUCCAUUGCUGAGCCUCUUCUCUCUGACCUACCACAAGUUCCAAAACCUGCUGAGCCUCAAUCUGUUUAUACUGGAGGCGAUUACCGUUGUCAAGGAGAGUCAGGGGAUAUGAUGACCCAUUUUGCUCUCGCAUUCGAACUCCCUGGUGGCUGGCAUCAGGAUAAGGAUGCGAUGAGCUUGACUGUUCUUCAGAUGCUUAUGGGAGGUGGUGGAUCAUUCUCUACUGGCGGCCCUGGAAAAGGAAUGUACUCAAGGCUUUAUCUUAAUGUCUUAAAUCAGUGUCCACAAAUUCAGUCCUUUUCGGCAUUCAACAAUAUUUACAACAAAACUGCCUUAUUUGGCAUCCAAGCAACCACUACUUCAAAUUUUGCAGCAAAAGCAAUUGAUAUAGCCGCUAGUGAACUUAUUGCUGUUGCUAAGCCUGGUGAAGUUGAUCCCGUGCAAUUGGCCCGUGCCAAGCAGGCAACAAAAUCUGCCAUUUUGAUGAAUUUAGAAUCCAGAAUGGUUGCUUCUGAAGACAUUGGUAGACAAAUUUUGACAUAUAGUGAGAGGAAACCGGUGGAUCAUUUCUUGAAAGCCAUAGAUGCAGUCACAGAGCAGGAUGUUGCCAAGCUUGCACAGAAGCUCAUUUCAUCCCCUCUUACGAUGGCGUCCUACGGAGAUGUUAUCAACGUUCCAACCUAUGACUCAGUCAGCAGCAAGUUCAGAUCGAAAUGAAGUAGUCCUUGACGAGAGGCUGAAAUCUAUUUGUGCGUCCAAGCUCUGCUUCACAUAAUGACACAGGAGCUUAUUGCAGUUGAUGAAAUAAGUAGUGAUGAUAUAAGAAAGAACCCAUUUUUUAAAAAAUACAACUUCGUAGGACGGGGUUUCGGCCAGCCAGCAGUUUCAUAUUUCCCCCCACGAACUAGUGAAAACCCCUCUCUGUAUGGACAGAGUGGACAGUUGAAUGAUUCUCCAUUGCAGAGACAAUGAUCAAACAUUCAAUCGCGUAAUGCUGUCGUUAUCGAUCACAGUCUGAAACUUGCAAAAUGCAGCUGAAAGCAUUAGAGACUUGAGAAUGAAGGAAUCCAAUAAAAAACCCCUAGCUUUCCCACAGCAAAUAACAGGGUAAAUUGCAAGGUUGAUCAUUGAGAUUACUAAAAAUGUUCAUGUUUGGUCAUUAAAAAUAUUUAAUUUCAUUCGUGAUCAUUAUGAUUAAUCAAACCAUUUGAGUUUGGUCACUCUCUGUUAUCUUCCGUCAACCUCCGUCAACACUAUCAAUUUUUUGCUGAUGUGGCUUACAAAAGUGUUGAGUCACCAAAAUUUAAUCUGAAAAAAUAAAACUCAACCAGCCAUGUCAUCUGCCACGAAUCCACCAAGUCAUAAGACCAAACCUUCUAAAUCAAACCCAUCAAUUCAACCACCCAAAUCUAUCAAACCCACGUCAAUAAACCCACCAAUCAAUAACAAAACCAGUCUCUUGUUAUCCUCCAACAGAUUUUGGGGAUUUUAUCUCUGCUCUGACGGAGAAGAUGGCGGUGCGACGGCUUCCGAAGAAGAUCUGUGGAUACUCGAUGGAAAACAGGUAAAAUGGAUAUGGGUCGCGCAGUGGCAGCUCCUCUGGGUAAGUCGACGUCUUUGGGGCUCUCCACUUAUGUGAUCGCCCUCCUCUAGCUCAUUCUUUGUCUGCUUUUUCGUCUCUGGAUUAGCUCACCGUCGCCUUUCAUGGUUGCCCUGAUCUGGCACAAGAACGAGGAGGGCUGGUCGACCACCGGCUACUGCUUGUGGACAUGAAAACGAUCCUCGAGUGUGUGUUGGACUUCGAGUAGGAGGUAGAAGUUGGGAUUUCUAGAUCUAGGUUUUGAUAGAGACGAUGGCGAACUGAAUCUGGAGAUUUUGGGAAGAAUGUUAAGCAGCUGAGGGAGGCGCGGCGCGACAGGCAAGACCGAGCAGAACAGAGGGUUUUCGAUCUAGGUUUUUGGGGAAGGAAGGUGAUUUUUUUAACUAUCUGAGCUUCUCCGCCACCAGGACGAUGGGCUUGGCGUUGAGGACGAUGAAGCGGCGGUUCUUGCGGCCUUGGGUGCGGAGAUCGAAUGAGGAAUCGGAGAAUUGUACGUUUGAGGACAUGAAGAGCGAGGAGGAGAGCUUGGGAUUGAGGGAUGAGAAGUUGAGGGUGGAGGUGAAGUGGAGAGAUUUGAGAGUUCGGAAAGUUUUCUUGCGAUUUGAUUCGAGAGGUAGAGAUUUUCUUUUUCUUCUUCAAAUGGGUCAACUAGAGGAAGAAGAGGCUGGGUCGGGUUAGGUCGGGUCUGGUUGGGUAUUUUAUGUGGCUGGUUUAAACGAUGUGG